AGUGAGCCAGACAGCGUCCCGGCAGCGGAGAACAUGAAAACUAGGUCAUUUCCAUGGUUUUCAGAUCCCCUUUAGAGCUUUAUCCCUCCCAUUUCUUCCUGCCAAACUUCGCUGAUCGCCCUUUGCUCCUGGCGAACAGCGCGCCCAGCGCCAGGUCUCCCGAAGACUUGUCAAUGUUUCAGCUACCGACCCUCAACUUCUCUCCGGAGCAAGUGGCGAGCGUCUGCGAGACGCUGGAAGAGACCGGGGACAUCGAACGACUGGGUCGCUUCCUUUGGUCACUGCCAGUGGCGCCGGGCGCUUGCGAGGCUAUCAACAAGCAUGAAUCCAUCCUCCGUGCCCGGGCUGUGGUUGCCUUUCACACGGGCAAUUUUCGCGAUCUCUACCACAUUCUGGAGAACCACAAGUUUACGAAGGACUCGCAUGGCAAACUUCAGGCGAUGUGGCUAGAGGCUCAUUACCAGGAGGCCGAGAAAUUGCGCGGGCGUCCCCUAGGACCGGUUGAUAAGUACAGGGUGCGAAAGAAGUUUCCCCUUCCUCGGACCAUCUGGGACGGCGAGCAGAAGACGCAUUGUUUUAAAGAGCGGACGCGCAGCCUCUUACGGGAGUGGUACCUACAGGACCCCUACCCAAACCCCAGCAAGAAAAGGGAACUGGCGCAAGCCACUGGACUCACUCCUACACAAGUCGGGAAUUGGUUUAAAAAUCGGAGGCAAAGAGACAGAGCGGCGGCAGCGAAAAACAGGCUCCAGCACCAGGCAAUUGGACAGAACGGCAUGCGGUCUCUUUCAGAAUCCGGCUGUACCCCACACAGCUCAGCAGAGUCGCCGUCAACUGCGGCUAGUCCGACGACCAGUGUCUCGAGUAUGACAGAGCGUGUCGACACCGGCACGUCAAUUCUUUCAGUAACAUCCAGUGACUCAGAAUGCGACGUAUGAUACGCAAAAGAGAAAUAUUUGCAGGGAAUACGGACCUGAAUAAACAUUAUGUGGAAGCUGAAAAGGACCAACUGGUAAUUAUUGAGAAAAAAAGAAAGAAAACAAUAUAAAAGCACGUCUUUUUUUCAAGCGCUUUCCAUGGACCCCACGCCUUUCCCUACCCACAUCACUUGCAUGAUAUAUCAAUAGGCUUUUUUUUUUUUUAAUACGACGGAAAUGCUCUUCGUUCGCUGUAUCUGCCAGGACCACCAGGAAGAUGGAGAAGCGGGAAUUACUAGAAUCCUGUGCACGUCGCCUCUUUUUAAUUUGUUUUUUGUUCGACUGAUGACGCGCAGCCAAGAUGCAAUGCUCUUUUCCUUUAUGUUCAUCAGACAAUCAUUUGAGUCGUAAGCACCUUUUUACUACACUUCUGUCACUGCCUGUGUGGGGUACCGGUCAAAUGUGGAACCGAAUCGUUAUGACUGUAUCAGAUUUUUAUUUUUAUUUUGAGAUUUUAUAUUGAAUUAUGUAUAUCUUAAAUAAUGCGAUCAUUCUCCCAGUCUGUAAUAUAUGUGUAGAAAUAUGCCUGUAUAUAAUAUUGCUCUACGUCUCCAUUGUCUUUUCUAUCCCCUGUUCACUUUUCUUGACUUGGUGUUCAUAAACUAUUUGUCAAAAUGUAACUAUUAAGUGCUCUAGGCGUUUUGUUUCUCUGUUUUUAUACCUUGAAAGAACAUUACGACCAUGGAUGUUCAGUCGAGAUUUAUGCAAAAGAAAAGUAACAAACAAUUGGGAUAUAAUCGACUGAUCAAGCCAAUUUCGUGUUUAGCUUUGAGCGCUUAUUAUUCAAUGUUACUUUCUUGCGUGUUUAUGUUAAUGUAUACAUUUCUAAGC